AUGGAGGAAUCCCAGCCGGAGGCAGCACGUCCGGGGGAAGAGGCAUCUUGCUCCUCCUGGAGGACCAGCCGUGCAAAUACAAAUUUCUCCAGCAUGCCAACAGAAUCUGUGGAGAUUGAUGAUGCAUUAUACAGUCGGCAGAGGUAUGUUCUUGGAGACACAGCAAUGCAGAAGAUGGCCAAGUCUCAUGUUUUCUUAAGUGGUAUGGGUGGUCUUGGUUUGGAAAUUGCAAAGAAUCUUGUCCUUGCAGGGAUUAAGGCACUUACAAUUCAUGAUACAGAAAAAUGCCAACCAUGGGAUCUAGGAACCAACUUCUUUCUCUGUGAAGAUGAUGUUGUUAAUAUAAGAAACAGGGCUGAAGCUAUACUUCAACAUAUUGCAGAAUUAAAUCCAUAUGUUCAUGUCACAUCAUCUUCUAUUCCUUUAAAUGAAACCACAGAUCUCUCCUUCUUAGAUAAAUACCAGUGUGUAGUAUUGACGGAGAUGAAACUUUCAUUGCAGAAGAAGAUCAAUGACUUCUGCCGCUCUCAGUGCCCUCCAAUUAAGUUCAUCAGUGCAGAUGUGCAUGGAAUUUGGUCACGGUUGUUUUGUGAUUUUGGUGAUGAGUUUGAAGUUUUAGAUACAACAGGAGAAGAACCAAAAGAAAUUUUCAUUUCAGAUAUAACGCAAGCUAAUCCUGGCAUUGUCACUUGCCUUGAAAAUCGUCCUCACAAACUUGAAACAGGACAGUUCCUAACAUUUCGAGAAAUUAAUGGAAUGACAGGCUUAAAUGGAUCCACACAACAAAUAACUGUGGUAUCACCAUUUUCUUUUAGCAUUGGUGAUACUACAGAACUGGAACCUUAUUUACAUGGAGGCAUAGCUAUUCAAGUUAAGACUUCUAAAACAUUCUGCUUUGAAUCAUUAGAGAUGCAACUAAAACAUCCAAAGUACCUUAUUGUGGAUUUUAGCAAACCUGAGGCACCUUUAGAGAUUCACUCAGCCAUGCUUGCCUUGGACCAGUUUCAGGAGAACUAUAGUCGCAAGCCAAAUAUUGGGUGCCAACAAGAUUCAGAAGAACUGUUGAAACUGGCAGCAUCUAUAAGUGAAACCUUGGAAGAGAAGCCUGAAGUAAAUUAUGACAUCGUGCGUUGGCUUUCUUGGACUGCCCAAGGCUUUUUACCCCCACUUGCUGCAGCAGUAGGAGGUGUUGCCAGCCAAGAAGUACUGAAAGCUGUAACUGGAAAGUUUUCUCCUUUGUGCCAGUGGUUAUACAUUGAAGCAGCAGAUCUUGUCGAAUCCCUCAGCAAACCUGAACGAGAAGAAUUUCUCCCACGAGGAGAUAGAUAUGAUGCCUUACGAGCCUGCAUUGGAGACACUUUAUGUCAGAAGCUACAAAAUUUGAAUAUCUUUUUAGUAGGAUGUGGAGCCAUAGGCUGUGAAAUGUUAAAAAAUUUUGCUUUGCUUGGUGUUGGCACAGGCAAAGAGAAAGGAAUGGUUACAGUAACAGAUCCUGACUUGAUAGAAAAAUCCAACUUGAAUAGACAGUUCCUAUUUCGUCCUCAUCACAUACAGAAGCCUAAAAGCUAUACUGCUGCUGAUGCAAUCCUGAAAAUAAAUCCUCAGUUAAAGAUAGAUGCACAUUUGAACAAAGUAUGUUCAGCCACUGAGGCAAUUUAUAAUGAUGAGUUCUAUACUAAGCAGGAUAUAAUUAUUACAGCAUUAGAUAAUGUGGAAGCCAGGAGAUAUGUAGACAGCCGAUGCUUAGCAAAUCUACGGCCCCUCUUAGAUUCUGGAACGAUGGGCACUAAGGGACACACUGAAGUUAUUGUACCUCAUUUAACUGAAUCCUAUAAUAGUCAUCGGGAUCCCCCAGAAGAAGAAAUACCAUUUUGUACCCUAAAAUCCUUUCCAGCUGCUAUUGAACACACUAUACAAUGGGCAAGAGAUAAGUUUGAAAGUUCCUUUUCCUACAAGCCUUCAUUGUUUAACAAAUUUUGGCAAACAUAUCCAUCUGCAGAAGAAGUCUUACAGAAGAUACAAACCGGACACAGUUUAGAAGGCUGUUUUCAAGUGAUUAAGUUACUUAGCAGAAGACCUAGAAAUUGGUCCCAGUGUGUAGAAUUAGCAAGAUUAAAGUUUGAAAAAUAUUUUAACCAUAAGGCUCUUCAGCUGCUUCACUGUUUCCCUCUGGACACACGAUUAAAAGAUGGCAGUUUGUUUUGGCAGUCACCAAAGAGACCCCCCUCUCCAUUAAAAUUUGAUCUAAAUGAACCUUUGCACUUCAGUUUUCUUCUAAACGCUGCAAAAUUAUAUGCUACAAUCUAUUGCAUUCCAUUUACAGAAGAGGACUUAUCAGCAGAUAUCCUGUUGAAUAUUCUUUCUGAAGUAAAGAUUCAGGAAUUCAAACCGUCUGACAAGGUUGUUCAAACAGAUGAAACUGCAAGGAAACCGGACCAUGUUCCUGUGAGCAGUGAAGAUGAGAGGAAUGCUAUUUUCCAACUAGAAAAGGCUAUUUCAUCUAAUGAAGCUACCACAAGUGACCUUCAGAUGGCAGUGCUUUCAUUUGAAAAAGAUGAUGAUCAUAAUGGACACAUAGAUUUCAUCACAGCUGCAUCAAAUCUUCGUGCCAAAAUGUAUAGUAUUGAACCCGCUGACCGUUUGAAAACAAAGCGCAUAGCAGGUAGAAUUAUACCUGCUAUAGCAACAUCUACUGCUGCAGUUUCUGGCUUGGUUGCAUUGGAGAUGAUCAAAAUAGCUGGUGACUAUCCAUUUGAAGCUUACAAAAAUUGUUUCCUUAACUUAGCCAUUCCAAUCAUAGUGUUUACAGAGACAUCUGAAGUAAGAAAAACUGAAAUCAGAAAUGGAAUAUCAUUUACAAUUUGGGACAGAUGGACUAUACAUGGAAAAGAAGAUUUCACCCUCUUGGAUUUCAUAAAUGCAGUCAAAGAGAAGUAUGGAAUUGAGCCAACAAUGGUGGUACAGGGAGUCAAAAUGCUCUAUGUUCCUAUAAUGCCUGGUCAUGCAAAAAGAUUGAAGUUAACAAUGCAUAAACUUGUGAAACCUUCUGCUGAAAAGAAAUAUGUGGAUCUUACUGUGUCGUUUGCUCCAGAUGCUGAUGGAGACGAAGAUUUACCUGGACCUCCAGUAAGAUACUACUUUAGUCAUGACACUGAUGAACAGAAGUUGUCUUAA